GACAAACCCCGAGAAUGUUGUGAGUGAACGCAAACGGCGGACGACCUGGUUCUUCCGCUCAGAGGAGGCGGCACGAUUCAGGGUUUCUCAGGGUCUGUAUGACAUUGACCUGGUGCCUGUUUUCCUCGCAAAAAAUCUCGAUAUUCACCUCAGUACUGAUGAGUGGCACGACAUGCUAGCACAUGCUCGGAUAGCUGUUCGAAGUCGCGCGGUGUCGUCCACGUCGGCGAACUCGGCUGAAUCUGCUGAACAUGUUGUGGACGAUGAGGGUGCUGCUCGGCGACAGAGGAUAUCUCAGCUGGAGUCACAACUGGCAGCUCUGCAAAAGGUUGCUUGUCUUAGGCAUCUCAAUGAGAAGAAAUCAUUUAUCAAGAAACUCAACCGAGUUGCGGAGAAAGUUCGACAAAUGCAGUCCCAGCGGAGUAGACGACGGGAAGACGACGGCGACGAUUUUCUUCGACUGGAGCGAAGCAAAAAGGGCAAGCAUCUAUCUCUUAGAGGCAAGUUGUCCCUAGCAAUCCGGAGGAACUUUUCCAAUUGUGCAACGGCAGACAUCGGAGCCAUCUUGCUGGAAGACAUCUCAAGGUACUCUGUCAGUCGUUAUGAGUCCCGGGCCGGCACGGCGCUUGUUGCCAGCAGCCGCCUAUUUUACUCGUCUUUGUACGACGACCUCACAGCGCCAUCAGACGCAAUGCAGCACUUCCAGCUAGUCUUCCAUUCCUAUCGACAGGACGCCACAAACUCAGGCAUCUUACGCGGCAGCAAGCUCGCGGCACUGAUCCUGCACAGCGCCACCUUGAAGAAUGCAGUCACAGGCACAGGUGAUGCCAGUUGGGGUCACACGUCCUUUGUUUUCGAUGAUUGGUACGAACCAAUGAUCCGUGUGGCAGACGUUCUUCCGGUAGAAAGCAGCACCUCGAGCGACACAGUUGCGCAAACCUUGAAGCAGUUGGAUGGCCUUGGUUGCAUCACAUGGAAGACGGUGGAACAGGACGACAAGCUGCAGAAGUUUCACGGCUGUUAA